AUGGGUCAGGACCAGACAAAGCAACAGAUAGAGAAAGGACUCCAUCUUUACCAGUCUAAUCAGACCGAAAAGGCCCUGCGAGUCUGGAUGAGGGUUUUGGAGAAGUCUGCGGAUCCUGCUGGCAGGUUUCGGGUUUUGGGUUGCCUCAUCACUGCUCAUGCAGAGAUGGGCAGAUACAAAGACAUGCUGAAGUUUGCAGUGGUACAGAUUGACACAGCACGGGAGCUGGAAGACCCAGAUUUCCUUACAGAGAGCUACCUAAACCUGGCUCGCAGCAAUGAGAAACUCUGUGAAUUCCAGAAAACAAUCUCUUACUGUAAGACGUGCCUGAACAUGCAGGGUACCACUGUGAGCCUGCAGCUGAAUGGCCAGGUGAGCCUCAGCAUGGGCAAUGCCUUUCUGGGCCUCAGCAUUUUCCAGAAGGCUUUGGAGUGCUUUGAGAAAGCUUUACGCUACGCACACAACAACGAUGACAAGAUGCUGGAAUGUCGAGUCUGCUGCAGCCUCGGGAACUUCUACACCCAGAUAAAGGACUAUGAGAAAGCCUUGUUUUUCCCAUGUAAAGCUGCUGAACUGGUGAAUGAUUACGGGAAGGGCUGGAGCCUGAAGUACCGUGCCAUGAGCCAGUACCACAUGGCUGUGGCCUAUCGGAAGCUGGGGCGCCUGGCAGACGCCAUGGAUUGCUGUGAGGAGUCCAUGAAGAUUGCCCUGCAGCACGGUGACCGGCCACUGCAAGCACUGUGUCUGCUCUGCUUUGCAGAUAUCCAUCGCAGUCGCAGAGACGUGCAGACAGCCUUCCCGCGGUAUGACUCUUCCAUGAGCAUCAUGACAGAGAUUGGAAACCGCCUGGGCCUGAUUCAGGUGCUGCUAGGAGUGACUAAGUGCUGGAUGAUUCAAAAGGAGCUGGACAAGCUCUACAGCUCCACCAUGUGCUUUGCAGGAAAAUGUGGCAUAAAAUUCCUGGAGAAGCUUUUGACGGUCUAUUUUGCACUGAUGUGA